CCAAAACUGUCAGAAAGUGAAUGAAGAUAUAGAAAAAUGUACAGAGAACAUAGUAAAAAUAUCAAUGAUAUCUAUGAAAAUGACUUUGUUACAAAGGGUAAAUUUGGAAGAAAGACCACGGACAGUAACGCAACAAGAAUCCAGUCAUCUGAACUCAAAGAAAUGUCAGUUUUGGAAAAUCUGACCAUAACAUUUUGAAUAAUCAAAUAGUGGCAAGUUUCUGGCAUAAUCAUUAAACUUCUGACAGAACUCUUCUGAGGUACGACUCAGAAAAUGGACACAGGAGCAAGACAAAAGAAGACAGAUGAUCUCUAUGAAAAUGUUGAUGCUAUGAGAGGUAAAAUCACAAUGGAGAUCAACGACCCGAAUACAACAAGAAUCCAGCCAUCUGAACACACAGGAAGUGAUUGUGUGAAGAUCAGAAGCUCCAGAUCAGCUGUAGUGUGUUUGGUUCUGCUGUGUGUUCUUCUGCUGACUGCAGUCAUAGUGCUGUGUGUCACACUCACUCGAGAGAGACAACAGCUCAUAUCCAAGAAUGAAAACCUGAUCACUGAGAGAGAGCAGCUAAUACUCAAGAACACAAACCUGACCAAUGAGAGAGAGCAGAUAAUAUCCAAGAUUGAAAAUCUGACCAAUGAGAGAGAGCAGUUGAUACUCAAGAACACAAACCUGACCAAUGAGAGAGACCAGCUGAGAAAUGAACUUCAGAUUUGUGUUGGGUGGACUUGCUAUCAAUCCAGUUUUUACUACAAGUCCAAUGAGCAGAAGAACUGGACUGAGAGCAGGAGAUACUGUACAGAGAGGAGCAGAUCUGAUCAUCAUAAACAACAGACAGGAACAAGAUUUUGUUAAGAACAUGUCUGGUGCUGCUAUAGUUUAUAUCGGUCUGACUGACAGUGAUGUGGAGGGCACAUGGAAAUGGGUUGAUGGCAGCACACUGGGCUCUAGUUUCAGCUUCUGGGCGUCCAAUGGAAUAAUGACUGAGCCAAAUGGAGGAAGAUCAGAGAACUGUGCUGUGACUGUGGCUAAACCUCCACCAGAGUGGACUAAUUUAGUAGGGUGGAUUGAUGCUCCAUGUAAUAAAGCUUAUCAAUGGAUCUGUGAGAAGAGGAUUUCACAAAUCAAACUGCCAUAGAAACAUCACACACCUUUCUGACACAAGUUCAACAGUACAAAUUGUAAUAACUUCUCAUCUAAAGCAGUAUUUCUCAACCUUGUACCUGGCAAAUGCCUACAACUGCACAUUUUGAAUAUUUCCUGUCGUCAGACACCCAUUUCAUGUGCUGGAGUUUCUUCUAAUGAGCGGAUGAGUUGAGUCAGGUGUGUUUCAUUAGGGAGACAAACAAUGUUCAAAAUGGGACUCCAGAAGUGUGUUUAAUUCAACCAGAAAUGUCUUGCAAGUAAACAUAACAGAGUAUUCUGCCAUAUAAGAGAGAUUCCAGUCUUCAGUUAUUAUUUGAACAUUAUUCAGUUAUACAGCACCAAUCAUUGCAAGUCACUCCAGUAGUUAACCGUCUGGGGUCUGAGGGGGUUUUGGGGCCCUGGAGAAGUUUUGACACGU